GCUAGAGAGAGUGACAGUGAAUGGCAGCCGCGCGAGAGUCACAGCUGGGCAGCUUGGCCACCCCAGACUGACGGGGUCAGGAGGGGGACCCCCCCCACCGCACUUGACACAAAAGAGCCCAGAGCCCCGGAGAGAUGAAGGGGGUGGAGCUGGGGGCAUCUGGUUCCCCAGACACUCUCCUCUCCGCUCCCCAAUCCUAAGGGACUGCUGUCCCCUGAAGAGGCUGGGGGAGCGAGGAGACGAGCUCCAGUCUUAUUCCAGGAAGUGGUCUGCGUGGACUGUGGCCACCACCUGCCCCUACUCAUCAGCAGCCCACAAACAUUCACACGACCCCUCCCUCUCGUGCCACCUAACGCCCCUCAGUUGGCGGGCAGCUAAGUCCCCACGGGCGGAGGGGGGGUCCGAUGGACACCUUUCCCCCUCUGCCUGCCCAAGUCCUGAGCGGAGGGGGGCAGGCCCGCCGGCUGCUCCGUGCGGGGAAACCCCGCUCUCCCUCGGUCCAACCCCACCGGGGCCCGAGCCCGAGGGGCGCUCGCGCGGCCGCCCCUCCCCCACGCACCCCUCCCCCACGCCGCCGUCCGGCCGCCAGGGUCUCCGCGGUCCCUCGCUCGGCCAGGGAGGGGGCCCUGGCUUCGCCUCGGCCGUUUCCUGCCUACCCCCUCCCCGCCGAGGGUAAAAAAAAAACCCUCCUCCUCCUCCUCCCCCGAAAGCCGCGACCGAGUGGCCCGGUCCGCGCGCGCAGCUCGCGCCCGGCGCUCUCCAGCCGGGGUGGCGGCGGCGGCGGCGGUGGCGGCGGUGGUGGUGGCGGCGGGGGAGGGGUGCAGCGGGAGAGGGGAGGAGGCCUGGCCCCGCGGUCGCGGCCGCCACCGACCGCCCGUACCGCCGCAGGGCCACGGGCCCGAGCCCCGGAUUCCCGCCCCGGAUUCGCCUCGGCUCGGCCGCGCGUAUAUUCGCCUUCCUCCAUGAUCUCCAACAUUAUCCGAUAAAGUAGAAGCAACCGAGGUACCGUGAAAAAGAAAGGAACCGGGACUGAGAAAAAGCAGAGCAAAACCAUGUGCUCUUACUGAUCCAUCAUCAAGUGGCUGUUCUCCCAACAGCAGGACAUCCAUGUGGACUCCCUAAACUUAGCUGUGGGGCUGGAUGCAUUAACCUUACUCUGAUGUAUGAUUGGAUGUUAUAGUAUCAAUACCAAAUGAUGGAUCCCCUUACUCAGCUCCAAAGUACAUACAGCCAGAUCAACAUUUGGCACAGUAGUAAAACGCUUGAGACUAGCCAUAAAUUUAGCCCCAAAGGUUAAAGCUUUAGGAAUUUCUGUCAUGGGUUGCCAUGGUUCUGCCACAGGUUGAGGCAGACCAUUGAGACAGGUGCCAGAAUAUUGGGACCACAUUGUAUUGUCACUUUUGAUAUUUUACUUUUGAGGCUCUUUAAAUGAUUGUUGUGUGUGUGUGUGUGUGUAUGCUAUUUCAGGAGUAGGAGUAGGGGGUUGGGCUAUUUGGAGAAGCUGAUGGAAAUUAAAGCACUCUUUUCCCAAAAUAAUACACAUCAACACACACACACACACACACACACACACAGAGUAUUCAGAAACAGUUUAGGAUGGCCAGGUUAAUAAUCCACCUUUGACUUGCCAUGAGGGUAGCAACUUUUUCUAUACCAUAAUUUAGUUCUUUAUCAUGUACUAUUCUCAUUUAUCUUUUCGUGUGUGCGUGCUUUAUCCCAGUGAGCAGGCAAGCUUCCUACAAGGAACAUAUGCCUCUUUAUGACCUCCAGUGAUGUGUGCAUGUAGGGACCUCACCUGGGGAAAUGUUGCCAGUUGAGUCCUUUGAAGCUGCUGUGUUUCACUGAGGACAGGCAGCCUUCCCUUCAGCAUUCCAUCCUCCACCCACCACCCUCCAACACAAAACAGAUUACCACAAGAGGACUUGGACCCUGCGUUCAUGUUCUGUUUGCUUUCUAGGUUUUAGGCUAAAGCAUAUUUACAUACUCCUCAUGCAAAUAUCCACUUGGCUAUUUAGAGAACAAAGCAGUGCCAACUGGAAAGUUUUGGGUUUUUUUUUUUAAGUCUUAAUAAAUGAAUGCAUUCUAUUAUUUAAAUAUUUAUGAUGUGUUUAUUCCUUUAUCACCUCCAUACUUCACCCCAUGAACUCCCAUACCUGUAAUCAGGACCCCCUUUUUGUUCUAUCCCAUGAAUUCUCUAACUGCACUCCUUUCCUGGCAUGUGCUUGUGCCAAAAAAAGCAGGCAUAAGCCUGAUGCUAAUAGAA